UACUAAGCCUAUUUGCGCAUGCGCAUUUGAUACUUUUUUGUAUUAGUCGGCCACGCCACUUGUCAUUAAAAUCUUUAACAGACUGGCAUCGUUUUGCAAUUGAAACGAUAUUAUAUUAGUAUAAUAGUCGAUUUAAUUAUAACAAAAUAAAAACAAGAUAUGGAGCCAUCUGACGUUCCCGAUGCCAAUGCGACCGUCCUAUAUGUUGGAAAUCUUGAUAAACGAGUUACUGACACUAUGAUGAUUAAUAUAUUACGAACUGGUUUACCUCAUAUUAAGGAAAAAGUUCUUUCUGCUAGUAUGUUUCCAGGGGAUAUGAACAACCCUGAAGGAUAUUGCUUUGUUCAGUUUGAAGAUAAUAUUUCAGCAAUGCAGUCAAUGAAUUUUCUUAAUGGACGAGAAUUUUGUGGCAAAAAAGUCAAAGUAAAUUGGGCAACCAAUUCACCAAAUGGCAUGCCUAAAGUUAUAGGAACUAGUGUUUCAAUAUAUUGUGGAAACCUGGAUGAUACUAUUGAUGAAGAAGAUUUAAAAGCCGCAUUUGAGGUGUUUGGAGAAAUACUAAAUAUCAAAGUUGUUAGAGAUCCUGUGACAAAUCACAGUAAAAAUAUUGCAUUUAUUUCAUUCACCAAUAAACCUGAUGCUGAAAAAGCAAUCAGGGAAAUGCAUGGAGCAAUGUUGAAGACAAGAGCUAUAAAAACAAAUUGGGCAACACGCAACCAAAAUCAAAAAAAGGAAGAACAAGAUUAUGAUGAAGUUUACAAAGGUGCCAGUGCUGAUAAUACAACUGUUUACGCAGGCGGAAUUCCAAGCAACUGUACAGAAGAACAGAUUCGAAGUCACUUUGAUGAUUAUGGCAAAAUAGUUGAUGUUCGAAUUUUUGCUGCAAAAAAUUAUGCUUUUAUAAAGUUUGAUACUCAUGCAAAUGCAGCCACAGCAAUAUGCAAAUCCAACGGGACAGAAUUAGUUGGGUCAUGUCUUAAAUGUUGGUGGGGUAAAGAUGGAGGUCCUGAAUCUAGUCAUGGCAGUAGUGGAUAUACUAACCAUAGCAGUUCCCACUAUUCUUCUAGUGCAGCUAGCUAUCAGCAAAGUAUGCAAGACCAAAGCCAGUAUGCACAAAUGACACCACAGCAGCAACAACAAUAUAUGCAAUACAUGCAAUACCAUCCUUAUUACCAACAACAAUAUUAUCACUAUUGGAUGCAACAGUAUCAAGCUCAAAUGCAGCAAAGUGGUGGCCAACAAGCAUACCAGCAGCAGCAAACUUACCCUCAACAAACUUAUCCACAACAGCAACAGACAUAUCCACAGCAGAACUAUCAAAGUUAAUAUUUUGGAAUAAAAAUUACGUGAAGGUGCUGUGAUAGCGCUAAUGUAUACUUUAUAUAUAUACUAAUGGAAGCUUCGUAUGUUGACUUUUUGUGAUUCUUGUAUGCCCGUUGUUACGAAUAAAUGCCGAAGUCAAGA